AUGACCAUCCAGCAGCAAAGUAACCCGUCUGGGCAGCCAGAUUCCGAUCUAGCUGAGUUAUGGCAAACGGCCGUGAAAUCAUAUGAGGAGACAACUGGCAAAAGCCUUCGACUGGGAAGUUCCAACACAAUGGACGAUGUGAUGCAGGCUACUGAAGGGUUAUCGACUAAAUUCAAAGACUUUCGUGAUGACAAAUCAAAAGUGUCCAAAGUGCGAACUGCUUUCAAAAACAACAUGUGGUUGAUCAAGGACAUCGUCGGCGCGGUACAACAGGUCGGAAACGCAGCAUCAGCGUUUCCACCAGCGAUGCCAGCAAGUCUGAUCUUUUCCGUGUUUGGGCACGUUAUGCAAUCUUUUUCCGACGUUUCAGCUGAUUACGAUAAAGUAAUGGGGUUUUUUGAUUUCACGCAUCGGUUCUUCGACAGAUUAUCUAUUAUUGAUCACAAAAUGCCGAACAGUUCGCCGUUCCAACGCUGCGUUUUACGUGUGUUCUCAAGUAUUUUGAAACUUUGUGCGAUUGCACAGAAAUACUGCGCUGAAAAGCGAUUCAAGAAGUGGUUUGAGAGCCUGCUCAAGGGGUCUGAUGGGGCUUUAGCUGGGGCCAGCAAGGAGAUGGAAGAGGCCAUCAACGAGCUGAGCCAGGCCGUCGGUUUGACUACUCUGAAAACCGUCGAAGUUCUUGAUGAAGUUGUUCAAAGUAUGAAUGGCAAUGUUGAGUUUCUAGUCGCAAACGCAAACCUUAUCGACGAACGGACAAAGGCUAUCCAGCUUGAUACCGCCACCAUCAUCAAGCAAAACGAAGAGCUUGAAUCAAAGCAAGAUGAAAUGACUGACAUGCAACGAGAGACGCUUGAUAAGAUGACUGAGCAAUCUCGGAUGCUGACGCAGGUUGUUGGGUAUUUCGGGUCCAUUCAAAUGGGAGAAAAUUUUGGCAAGGCCUUCCAAACGAGCCUGUUGAAGUUGAGCGUAGUCAGGUUGCGACUUACUCGUUGGGGGGAGUCCAUUGGUCUGGUAAGCAUGACAGAUAUUACAUCGCUUCAUCAGGCCAAGAUAUCCCCGGAAGAUAUUCCACAAGUGGAAGACCUUCUCAAUGGAAUUCUAGACCAAUUCGCAGACGCUGAGAGAAUCUCGCAGCGAUUCCAGCGCCGCAACACUUCUGUCCAAGUAUUGGAUCCCGCAAAGGAAUUAGAUGAAGUCUCGGCGUCUUUACAUCAAACAAUGUCUGAUAUUGUGAAGAAAAGACAAGGUGACUCAGAGCCGGAUCCCACAACCAACUUAACCUUAUAUGAAGAGAAAAAUUUCACUCGACUGAUUGAAGAUGUGAGUGAUCUAGUCAAUGAUCUGGUGAACUUGUUUCCUGGUAUCCAGGAAGACCAACGCAAGCUCUGUGAACAAGAAGUGUCAGAGAUGAAGAAGAUUAAGAAUGCCCUCCCUUUGUUGAAAGAUGUUGCAGCGGACGAUGACAAGAUGCUCAGCGAGACUGUGGUCAAAGUCAUUAAAUCAACUACCACCACAACCUACAACAAUAGUGUGGUCUUUUCGGGGACGAAUUCCGGCUUCCAGGUCGGAAACAAUAAAGGAAACAUCAGUAAUGUGCGGUUCAAUUAA